AUGGUUACGAAGAAACGCGUUUUAAGUGAUCAAACUAACUCACAAGAACCAAAGAAACAAAAGCACCCUGAAGCCCUUCAGGAAUUAUACCGAUUUAACCCUGAAUUUAAUGGAAAACAACCCAAUUCUUCUUCCAGUUCCAACUUAGCUUCAAUAUUAAGAACAACAGAACAAAUUCCUUAUUGGAAAAUUUGCAACUCAGCAAGUAUAACGGAGGUUACAUCAUUAAUUAAGACAAAUAUUGCAUCUAAGCAAGAGUUUUUUGGUGCAGCAAUAAGAGAAAUUAUUAAUGGAGUAGGCGUAAUAUUUUUUGGAAAAGAAGACAAAGUAGAAAAGGAUUUAACAAUUAGAUGGCAAGAGAACUUAAUUUCUUAUGACAUACAUGUUCUUGAAAAAAAAAGCCAAAAUAUAAAUGGUAUUGUAACAGGAAUUGCGAUUGAAAGAAACCUCUCAGAAAUAAAUAAGACAAUCCAAUUUGUAUCUAAAUCAAAAAUAUGUCCUGGACAAAUAACAAAAGAUUUUGAACAAGUAGUCAAACUUCGGGGUGCUCAUCUUGUAAAUAAUCGAAAAAAUUCAAAUAAUGUUCAUGAACCCUUUGCAAUUUUGGAAAACCAAGGUCAAUCCAAUGAAGCCUACAGAAGAAUAGACUGUGAUUUAUUAAUAAAAGAUAUGGAUAUAUGUCAGAAUUGUCAAAAAUUAAGAAACACGUUAAUAAAAAUUCGAAAUCGAAAUCUUACUGGUGUUUCAUCUAUUAAAGUCAGUCAUGCGUCUCAAGAAGUUUUAAUAGAAAAAGUUCAACUGCAAAGAAAGAAAAUAAUAAAACAGAAUCAAAUUAUACAUACCUUGCAAGAUCAAAUUCAACAAAAGAUAGAAAAUGAAGAAGAGGAAGUAUCAGAAGACCUAGGUCAAAUUGCACAAGAGAUAUCUAAAAGAGUUGCCAAAAACGUAGUUGACAUUUCUACUUAUAGCCCAAUUUUUCAAGAAUUGAUUAGAAUUCAAAGUGGUAAAUCAAAUGGAAUAAAAUAUCACCCUAUGUUUUUGCGAUGGGCUAUAUCAGUUUACAGUCGAGGAGGUCGUGCUGCUUAUGAAGCAAUGAAAAGUAUAAUGCGAUUACCUUCAAUAUCUACCUUAAAAGGCUAUAUAAAUGAAAGUCAACAACAUUCGGGAUGGCAAAACAAAACUACUUACCAUAUUUUACAAAAGAUGGCAAUGGAAAAUAUUAGUGAUCAUGGACGAAUCGGUUUUUUUUCUCAUGAUUCUUUUAAAAUACAGAAAGGUUUACUUUGGAAUCAGCGAGAUAAUUGUUAUGUUGGCUAUUUAGAUUUUGAAGAUGAAAAAGAAGAAUUACAAUCUUUUAUAAUGCAAUGUGAAAAAGAAUUGCAAACAGAAUUGCAGGUGGAAAAUAACUCACCUAAUUCAAAUUAUGAUCGAGGAAUAUCAACCCAGGUGCAUCAAAUUGUUUGGCAUUCAGCUACUUGUAAAUUUGCAUAUCCUAUAGCAUAUUAUGGUAUUAAUAUUCUUACUGCACAUGAAAUCAAUAAAAUACUAUUUCAACUUGCAGCUAAUCUUGAAUGUAUUGGCAUUCAUACAAUUGGAUCCAUUUGUGAUGGUGCUGGUGAAAAUAGGAAUCACAUUAAAAGUUUUGACUGGUGGGCUUCUACCUGGUCUUUAAAUGAUAUUGUUGAAGUUUAUAUUGCACAAAACAACAAUUAUGAGAAAGCAAAAAUCAUAGCAACAAACCUUGAUCGUAGCAAAUUUACAGUACGUUUAUUAGAUCCAUCUUUUUCUAAUAAUAUUCAAGCAGAUCGUAAUUUAAUAAGACCACCCAUGCCUACUAAACAAAAUUGGAAUAUUAAUGAUUCCUGUGAAUUCAAAAACCCAAAGGAUAAUAAAUGGCAUACAGCUGUUGUUACAAAUCUUGAUUCUAAAACACAAACUUUGGUUAUUACAAUUUUGUCUAAUAAUGAAGAAUGGAGAAUAGAAAAUGCAUCCCAAGAUACAUAUGUUAGACCUCUUUAUAAUGCUCAAAUACACUGGACAAAUUAUAAAACAAUUAAUCCAAUUACCAAUUCACCAUGGUAUUUUAUUAGUGAUCCCACGCAUGUUUUUAAAAAACUUCGAAACAAUCUUUCAAAAAGUCAUGUUGGAGAAGGCAGAGGACGAAAUAUUAGAGAAAUUAUGCUAGAUGGAAAAGAAGUUAGUUGGCGUCAUAUUCAAGGUGUUUAUGAAUAUACUUGUAAAAAUGUAACAGCAAAGAUUACAAGACUUACUAAGCGUCAUGUUUGGCUGACAUCAUGGAGUAAAAUGAGAGUUGAUCUUGCUGAACAAACUUUGUCAAGAGAUGUUGAAAGUGCAAUGGAAAUGAUUGAUGAAUUAAAGGAAAUAUCUUCUGGAACAUGA